CGGCCGCACUGCCGAGGCGGAGUGGAGAAGGUGCUGCCCCGCCGCGUGCGCGCUCGUAAACGACGGACGGGCGGACAAGGCAAAAGAUCCUCGCAGGAGUACGCGAUGCUUAAAUUAUAAAGGCCGCCAGAAUGUCAAGGGUGCCAAAAUGGAAGAUCGAAAAGGCUAAAGUUAAAGUCGUAUUCCGGCUCCAAUUCCAUGCGACGAAUAUACCAUCUACAGGAUGGGACAAGCUAUUCUUGUCCUUUAUUUCUGCUGAUACAGGAAAGGUAACUGCAAAAACAAAUAAAGCAAAUGUGAGGAAUGGGAGCUGCAAAUGGCCAGAUCCUAUUUAUGAAGCAACACGACUGCUUCAGGAUUCUAGGACCAAGACAUAUGAUGACAAGCUAUACAAGCUUGUUGUGGCCAUGGGGACUUCUCGAUCUAGUAUUCUUGGGGAGGUCGAUGUUAAUCUUGCCGAAUUUGCAGAAGCACUGAAGCCAGUUUCAAUCGCACUUCCUUUUCGUGGUUGCGACUUCGGGACAGUAUUACAUAUCACGGCACAACUGCUCAGUACCAAAACUGGCUUCAGGGAAUUUGAGCAGCAAAGAGAAACUGGUGCCAGAAGUUCUCAGCAGCUAGUGAAUCAAAGAAGUCAUGAUCCUUCUGAAGUUGCUGCUGCUUCAUCAGACAUUGGCAGUGACAAGGCUAUUGCAAGGAAUAAAAUAAAAGAAGCUUCUUUGGGGUUCCCUUUGGCGGAAGGUUCUGUGGGUUCUACCGAAGACUAUGAAAACUCAUCACAUAAUUCAGAUGGUUAUUUUGCUGAAAAGAAUGAUCCAUGUGGCAGUCAUGAAAACAGUAACUUUAGACACUCAGGUGACCUACCACUGUGUCCGACAAGUCAAAGCCCUACACCAGAGAAGGGGCCAUUUCAGGGUAAGCGCCUUUCACCACAAGGGAGCAAUGAUUGGAGUCAUGGUUGGAGUCCUGAGUUCUCCACCAGUCAUGAUCUUGCUGCUGCUCAUGAGGAGAAUAAUCGACUCAAGACCAGAUUGGAGGUGGCUGAGUCAGCCUUUUCUCAGCUUAAGUCAGAAGCAAUGUCCCUGCAGGAUGCCACUGGAAAAUUAGGCACUGAAACACAUGGCCUAGCUAACCAGCUUGCUGUGGAACUUAUGUCACGCGGCGAGCUCACAACUGAAGUAUCCUUCCUAAGGACAGAAUGUUCUAAUUUGAAAAGAGAGCUGGGAGAAAUGAAAUCUGCAAAACUCUUGAAGCACAAGGCUGAUGGUCAAGUUCCUCUUGUGACAGCUGGAGGCCAAGGGAAUACUUUAAAUAAUAUUGGAAGUGGUGUUCUUGCUACAGAUUGUUCAGUACAAGAUCUCCAAACUGAAUGGCUGCAAGGUUUGCUGCUUCUUGAAAAUAAACUGCAGCAGACCAGAAAUAAUGCUCUCCAUGGACUUCAAGCAAGUGAUCUUGAUUUCCUUCUUGCUGAUAUAGGGGCUAUUCAGCGUGUGAUUGAGAACCUCAAGCAAGGUGUUCAGCUUGGCCCGAAGAAAGAAAACUAUAGAGAACAUUUGGUUCCACCAUCCGAUCUUGCCCAUCAAUCAAGUUUAGGACGUGAUUAUGUUACCGACAAGAAAAACUCUGGCAGUACAGGCACAAUGGAGGAGAAAAUGUGCGGGCUCUUGCAGAAGUUGGAGGACUCAAAAACUGAGAAGGAGAAUCUGCUGGAGAAGAUGAGCCAGAUGGAGCGCUAUUACGAAUCUUUUAUCCUCAAACUUGAGGAAACCCAAAAGCAGACAUCAAUUGAAUUGGAAAAUCUCAGGAAAGAACAUAAUUCUUGUUUUUAUACAGUUUCUGUCCUCCAAGCCCAGAAGCAAAAAAUGCACGAGGAUAUGAAUGACCAGCUAAUGAGAUUUGUUGAGGAUAGAACAGCUUUAGAAGCUCAAAAUAAGGAGUUUGAGAGGAGGGCUGUUGCUACAGAAACAGCACUUAAGAGGGUGCGAUGGAAUUAUUCUGCAGCUGUUGAUCGUCUACAGAAAGAUCUUGAGUUGCUGUCCUUUCAGGUUCUCUCUAUGUACGAGUCAAAUGAAACUCUUGCAAAGCAAUCCAUUAUAGAAGAUACUGAGAGUUUUCCUGAAGAGCAUUCUGCAAUAGCAGAUAUACACGGUAUUAGUGAACAUGGCCAAGACAGGCCUCUUGUCAAACAGUUUGGACCUGAAGGUCUUCAUGUGGCAACUGAAUCUCAAGUGUUUUCAGCUGAAAAUGGUACAUCACGUGAUUUCAGCUACAAAAUGGAUGGGCAGAAAAAUCUCCUCCGGGCUCUCAAAAUUGAAGAACUUCGUAGCAGAUCUGAAGUCAUAUGUAAUCUUGAUUCACAGGUGAACUCCUCCAACAUCGGAAGACCAAAAGAUGCUUCUUCAGCAAUGGAAUCUGAGAUUUUAGAAACGUGUGCCGUUAACAUUGAGUGGCAGGUAUUCUCCGACGUGCUGCGGGAAUCUCACUAUACUGCACUGGAUAUGAUUAAGCGAAUGCAGGGACGGCUGUACAUGCUAGAAAAACAACUCCAUGAAGCUAAUGAUGCUAGGGAAUCUUUAGUGCUCAAAUUAAACUCUGCAUUGGACCAAUCAAAAUGUUUGAAAGAAAGUGAAUCAGGAUACAUUUUGAAGUGUGAUGAUCUGACAGUGAAGAACCAAAUAUUAGAAGCAAAACUCCAAGAUAUUGCAGUUGAAAAUGCUCUAUUUACGGAAAAGCUUGUGGCAUCUGAAAGAGUUGUUGAGGAACAUAAAACUUGUGAAAGUAAGAACAGUGCCUGCACCGAAGAAAGGAAGAGAUUUGAGAACCUUUUAGUGAAAGAAAGUAAGCAAACUAGUCAGCUUAAGGAUGAGCUCAGAUCAGUAAUGGAAGAUUUUGAGGGAAUGAAAGAUGAAUUACGUAAGCAGUCCUCUUUAAUCAAUGAACAGCAAACUGUUUUCACAUCACUUCAAGAGCAACUGAGCAUUCUAUGCCCUAAACUUGUUUCUUUGAGUAAGGACAUUGGAAUUUCAUGCUUGGAUGAGGUAUCUGUGCUACAUGAACUUCAGAACAAGAACUACACUGCAGUUAUAGCAAGCCUAGAAUUCUUCCAGCAGCAAGCAUGCCAGAAGGUGCUUCAUCUACAUCACGAAAAUGCGGCAUUGGAAGAAAUGUGUGAUGUUCUUCGGAAGAGAGCAGACAUGUCUGGAACAGAAUUGCUUGAUGUGAAGCAGAAGUUUCAUCGUGAUAUGGCUGAAACAAAAGAAAAAUUGAACAUUUCUGAGGGACAUGUGGAGAAGCUUCAGCAGGAACUGCAGGAAAUGGAACAUGAAGUUAAGAUAAUCUCAGAGUCUCAAGAAAAGCACUCCAUUACCAAUGGUGAUUUAACAUUAAAGUUGGCCCAAAUGGAAGUGGAACUGCAGACCGUCAUCAGUGAGAAUGAGACUCUUGUUGAAAAGACGAAAGACAUUGCUGCUGUUGUUCAGGAACUUGAGAGGACCAAAGUAAGUCUUGCAGAAACUGAUGAAGAUAACAAAACUUUGGCCCAGUCUCUACAGUCUAAAGACGAACUGUUGGUGCACAUGGAAAAUGAAAUCAGAGGUUUGCAAAAUUGUCUGAGUUGUACCGAGGAGAAUUUGCUAAAAGAAAAGAUAAUGAGAGAAGAUCUUGAAUCUUCCCUUUCAAGUCUUACAUCUCAACUUGGGGAGAAGGAUCAGGUCCUGCUAUCUUACAAUGAGGGCAAAAUAGAGUUACUUCAUCUGAGGGACCAGAUUUUGGACAUGAGAAAAGAAAACAGUUUGAUGCAAGAUGCUCUUUCACAAAGUGAACAAAACAAAAGGGACCUCACUUGUAAGAAUUUCUCUCUUCACUCCCAGCUCUCCAAUGCUGAAAAUCAGUUAGCAACAAUUCUGGAGGAUUUGCUUGCCACUGAAAUUGAAGCUAGUUAUAUGAGAAGUCAGGUUGAGGAUGUUGCCGUGCAACUUGAUCUCUUAAGAAGUGACAUUGCGAAGCUUCAGCUUGAGAACAAAGAUGCUGACGACUUAUUAAGGGAGCACAUGUUGAGUGUAGCAGAAUUAGCUGACAGAAAUUCCACACUUGAAUCCACUAUUCAUUCUCAAGAAAUCAACCUUGCCAGGGUUAAUCAAGAGAAGGAAGGGCUUGAAGAGCUUAUAAAAAGAAGCGAACAGACAUUGGCUCAGGUUAGCAGUAACAAGUCUCGAGAUAUAUCAGCAUCGAUCAAUAGCAGUGAGGCAGUAUGGAAGUAUCAAGAUGAGAUUUUGCAGCUUAGAGCCAUGCAGACGAAUCUUGAAGAGAAUGUUGAUGGUUUGAGAUCAAUGAAAGAUGAAGUUGAAAUUCUAAACGUGGUUCUGAAAUCAAAAUUGGAAGAACAGCAUACUGAGAUGUCAUCACUGCUACAGGAUUUGGGAUAUGAGUUGAAAAAUUUAGAAGAACAGAACAAUGAGCUUACUCUAAAACUCGCUGAAGAAACUCUGAAGGCAGAAGAGUUCAAGAACCUGUCUAUCCAUUUAAGAGAGCUAAAAGAAAAGGCUGAAGCUGGAAAAAAAGAGAAAGAGGGGUCAUUGUUUGCCAUGCAAGAAUCCCUUAGAAUUGCAUUUAUCAAAGAGCAAUAUGAAUCAAAAGUUCAAGAGCUGAAAAGUCAGGUGUUUGUCUCUAAAAAGUAUUCUGAAGAGAUGUUACUGAAGCUACAAAAUGCUUUGGAUGAAGUUGAAACUGGAAGGAAAAAUGAGAUCGCUCUAGCUAAAAGAAUUGAAGAGCUAUCAAUGGAAGUUUCUGAACUGGAGGUGGAGAUGCAGGAUUUAUCUGCUGAGAAAAGAGAGCUGUCUAAUGCAUAUGACAGCAUAAUGACGGACUUGGAAUGCACAAAGCUGAACUUCGAUUGCUGUAAGGAAGAAAAGCAGAAGAUUGAGGCCUCUCUUCAGGAGUGCAGUGAGGAACGCAAUAGAACAAGGGUGGAGCUUGACUUGGUGAAAAAGUUGCUGGAGAAUAUGUCAUUAUCUGACCAUAUCCCAUCACCUCGUAAUUCUGGAUCAUGCAAUCCUGGUGCCACAUCUAUUGCGCAAAUUCUGGGAGAUGCAAAUUCUGGGUCUGCACCAGAGUUAAUACCAAAUACAACAGAAGUUGAUUUAGGAUUACAGGAAGGUGAAGUUGGAAUACAGGGUACAAAUCUUUCAGAAGAUAUUGCAGAAUCAGACGAUGCUGAUAAGGUUGAUGAGCAUCCACAUGCCAUACACACACCGUCAAAGAACUUGGAGAAUGGCUAUAAGGAAUGUGAGUCAUCAUUGGAGAAUCAUCCGACUGUCGACAAUACUAUCAAAGAUAUUUCUAAAGAGCAUAAGAAAUUAGCAAAUGACUUGAAUCUUUUCCAGAAAGAGCUGGAAAGACUUAAAAAUGAGAAUUCGUCCCCUCUUGUUCCCCUUGAUGUUAAUCUUAUUGAUCCAUCACUCAGUGGUUUGGGAAGGGCAUUAUCACAGCUUGAUAUGGCAAAUGAACAUUUGCGAAGCAUUUUUCCUUCAUUUGAAGAGCUUCCUGGUUCUGGAAAUGCCUUGGAAAGAGUACUUGCUUUGGAGCUUGAGCUGGCGGAAGCUCUGCAAGCAAAGAAGAAGACAGACAUCCUUUUCCAGAGCUCAUUCUUGAAGCAACACAACAACGAUGAAUCAGCGGUCUUCCAGAGCUUCAGGGACAUCAAUGAGCUGAUACAGGAUACGAUCGAGUUGAAGAGAAGACAGGUGGCUGUCGAGAGUGAGCUGAAAGAGAUGCAGGGUAGGUACUCUGAGCUCAGUUUGCAGUUCGCUGAGGUGGAAGGCGAGAGGCAGAAGCUAGCCAUGACCAUGAAGAUCCGGUCGCCCAUGAAACAAUAGGAACCAAAGACUUUGAAAUGAUCUUGUUCUGCAGCGAAGGAAGAAAUAAUUUUGUAAUGUAAAUAUCAGUAGAAUGGUCACCAUCUGGAACCAAAUGUAGAGCGGUAUGUGAUAUACAUAAAUGAUGUAGUAACGUCUUUGUACAAACCCCACCCCCUCUCUCCUUCUGACACAAUCUUGUCAAUCAAAUGUUAACAGCCAGCAGCCGUUCAAGGCACAUCUGGUGACUGCAUCUUAACUAUUUUUAGAUCAUUGGCUGGAAUUGAUGGUCAUGUUUUGCUGCCUGAUGGCACAAUGAUGUUA